CCCACUCCUCCCCGCAUCUCCAAGGCCCCAGUUCCUGAAUUCAAGCUUCCCACUCUUCGGGAUGGCCAGUCAGAUCUCUGCUUGGCCAUGGCGGACUCGACUUCAUUCGGACCUUCUGGUCUCCAGCGGGUCAGCCAAUGUUCGACCAUGACGUCGCCGGGCGGGACAGAAUAGUUACGAAAGACGUUGUCAUCCGAUGUUUUGGCGUUAUAUGAAGGAGUUGCAGGGACCUGCCUGUCCAUGUUCUGUGUUGCGUCUGUUGAUAAUAUUAUAUCAAUAAACAAAUUGUCAAUCGGAAAACAUGCUCGCUAAAGGGGUCAUUCUCGUGCUCAGUGGUCUUGCUGGCCUGACUCUGGGCCAGGCGGCGGAGGAACUAGAGCCUUGUGGUGAUGCCUUCUAUCUGAAAUCCAAGUACACUUGUUAUGAUACCGACUUCCUCUGUCCGGUUAUCAAUGGCGAGCCAACUUUGCGAUGCGGACCAGAUUGUUACCUCCCAGAAAUGUACUCAUGUACCGACAAUCAUCUCGUCUAUUCCCCAUCAUCAACAAGUCCAGGCACACCAACAUCUUCUGGCUCGGUUCCAGGAGCAACCUGCUCUACCGAAGCAACGACACUGGAGCUCGACUCCUUGCCUUACAGGAACUACUUCUACUCAGACUGUCAUUCAGCUUCCCAGGUAGUCGUAACAUCUCCAGAGCCCAACAGCAAUUUGACAGUCAUCGGACCCCGCAUCAUCGUCGCCUGGCCAGGUGGAAAUAGUGGUAUCAUCGUGUAUUUUGAGCCCGAGAGUGGGGUCAAUGGAACUUUGGGGAUCAACUUGGUGAACACUACCGGCACUUCUCCACUCUCACCAAUUUAUGACGAUUCGAACGGAGGAAAUGCAACUGUCGGAAUCAGCACUCAAGUAGAGUUCAAUGCCUCCGCUGUCCUUUCGGUCACAAUCCUAGGUAGUAUCCGGACAAUUCGAGACUUUGUCGAAGGUCCAAGUCUGCUUCGAGAUGAAAUCCAAAGCGCAUUAAAUUAUUCCAGCACCGACAAUGGAGUUGAAAUUAGCAGACUUUGGCUGGACAACAUCACCACCACGACGAUUUCGCUGAGCAGCGGAGACCAAUCUAUCAAGCUGGACAAUACAACCGUGACAAUCCCAGCUGGCACGUACACCUUCAACGCCUCCUUUGAUUACCCUCAAUUGACUGGAUUGAGCGCGGAGGAAGUUCUCAGCCCAACAUCGGCAGAUUUGAUUACUCAGUCACCUGAUCAGACGACCUCACUUUCCUUCCUUUCGUACACGACGAAGCUUAUAGCUGGAGCUUGGAGGUUCUUGACGUAUUUUGGACGAGAUUCUAUGAUAGCUGCGUUGUUGCUUGAGCCUGUUCUUAGUACAGGGGAAGGCGGAGCAUUGGAGGCUGUCAUUGCUGGUGUUUUGGAGAGAGUCAACAUGACGGAUGGAUCUGUCUGCCACGAAGAGACUAUUGGUGAUUAUGCGACAUGGUUGAAUCUACAAAACAACAUCACCAGCACGGCUCCACUUUGUGAUUACAAAAUGAUUGACACUGAUUAUUUCCUACCUGUUUUGAUGGAGCAUUAUUUCCUUCGCAAUGCUGAAGGCUCAUCACGAGCAACGGAGUUUCUCAAGACAAUGUCAACCAUCUUCCCCGAGAACGCGAACCUGACAUACGGAGAACUCGCUCAAAUAAGCGCGAACAAAGUCGUCACAUCAUCCGCUCCAUUUGCUGCAUCCGGUAAUCAGACAAAGGAUAAUCUCAUUCAUCUCAAACCCAACGAAAUCGUCGGCGAGUGGCGAGAUAGCACCUACGGAAUCGGCGGCGGCAAAGUCCCAUUCGACGUCAACGCCGCUCUCGUCCCAGCAGCUCUACGCUCAAUCGCCAAGCUCGCCACAGCCGGUAUACUCGACUUCAACGCCACACUCGUCGACUCGUACGCUCAAGUCUGGGAAGAUUCCACCUUAGAAUUCUUCGAGGUCUCAAUCCCAGCCGAGACAGCAAGACAACGAGUCGACGCUUACGCCUCAUCGUCCGAAACGUCAGGGCUCCCAUCCCAAUCUUCAAGCAUCGACUCCGACGUGACAUUCUAUGGUCUCGCACUCGAUGGAAAUAACAACCUUUCCAACGUUGCAGUCAUGAACACGGAUACCUGCUUCCACCUCUUCAUGCUCAACAGCACGAACCAGUCACAACUUACCAAGUUCAUAAACGCCACAGCUAACAGUAUCCGUCUCCGUUUCCCAGCUGGUCUAUUGACCGACGUGGGCAUGCUAGUCGCCAAUCCCGCAUACGGCGAUAACCCCAUCUACGCCGCGAACUGGACCACCAACGCCUACCACGGCACGGUGGUCUGGUCCUGGCAACUCGCCAUGAUGGCGAAAGGACUCGAGCUUCAACUCGCUCGCUGCAGCUCGACUUCCAUCCCAGAAUUCUGUACCGACACCUCAGUCCAUGAUAAUGUCAAAGCAGCGUACAACGCGCUCUGGGAUGCGAUUGAUGAGAAUAGCGAGCAUUUGAGUACGGAGGUGUGGAGCUGGACGUAUGAUGCGGGGAGUGAGAGGUUUGAGUAUAUUGAUUUGGGGCAGUUGCCGCCACCGGCGGGGGUGAGUCCCACGGAGAGUAAUAUCGUGCAGUUGUGGAGUUUGACGUUUUUGGCUGUGAAGAGGGAUGAGGGGUUGCGUUGA